GUUGUCCUUAAUUGUACCAUUCCUUGUACACAAAAUAGUUUGUAAGGAUGCCAAUAGCUCAAGGUGGCGACAACUAUCGCAAUGGCCUUGUCCUUAGGUCAGUGCUGGGAAGAAUAGCGCGUGGCACUUGGCUAGCUUAAGCGGAACGACAAACGAUUGCGAUAUUAUAAAUCAGAACAAUUGAACUAAAUAGAUGAUGAAGCAUGUAUGAAAAUACGUAUGUUCAUAGAUUAAAAGAAAAGAUAACAUUAAGAACGAAACCGUGAACGGAGAAAUUUGUUAUCUCAAUUCUUAUCACAAUUUGUGCAACGAAUAUAAAAAUCGAGUUCAAAUGUUCGAUUUCUUUUUCGGGUAGCUUAUGUGCCUACUGAAUGUAACCAGUGGGGAGAAAAUGUGACUGCUCGAAUACCAUAAAAAAGAGAUCUGUCAAAAAUAGCUCUCUCGCACACAGCUGCGCAACAUCAUACUCACAGUGCGGCACAGAAGGAAACGGGUGAAAUAAAUAGUGUAGAAUAUCGUGUGAAAUCGAACUAAGUUACGGAAAAGAAGCGAAAUACAUGGCCCAACUUUAACCGAUUCCCCCAAAUAGGUGGUACCGACAUUACAUCAGUAGCCGGUGAAACAAUACCUCAGGAAAGAUUUGGUUGCCAUUUUCCAUUCUCCGACUCGUUUUCUCGAUACGGGAGAAAAAUUGUCCCAAGCUAAGACGAAGAAUCAGAAGACGCUUACGAAGAAGGGGAAGAAAAGGAGCAAUCUCGUUUUCACACCAUAAGCACACCGUCAUCCGGAAAGUAUGGCCACCAACAACUACUUCGGAUUUCCGCACGGAGCCACACAGUAUGGCACAACGGCCACUGGGACGGGUUAUCCAACGACACAGACGGGAUAUGCAGUAGCACCGGCACCGACACCGGCCGCAGGUACGUACGGAACAGCUCGUCCUGCAGGAUACGACCAGGCGUACCAAACCACAGCAACGCCGGGAACAUACGCUACCACGGCAACGGCAGCAACAUACGAUUACGGGUACGGGCGUACGACGCAGACGUACGAUACCUCGAAAACGUACUACCAGCAGGCGGCGGGUGCAACGGCCGGCUAUACUGCACCGACUGCAUACGACGCGACGCCGAAGGUGAUCACUGGUUUUCAACCGGCCCAGCCUACUGCAUAUGCUCCGCAACCCGCCCGGGCCACCCUUCAGCCAGCAAAGGCAGCUCAGCAGUAUCAAACCACUCAACAACAGUCGGUUGCACCGCAAGCUCAAGCGUACGUGCCGGCACAAACGACUGGCUACUCACAGACGGUUACUACGGUGCAUUCGACGCCCAAAUCAGCAACCGUUGCUGGUUCGGUGGUACCGAAUAACUCCACCACCUACCCAAGCUACGACGCUGCACUGUAUAGUGCGGCCACCAUGUACGUUGCGCAGCAGCAGCAACCACCACCACCAAACACGAAAGCAGCCGGGAAUGUACCCGGUGCUGCUGCUGUGGCGAGCGGUGUAAUGACGGCGGCACCGGGACCCGGAGGACCCGCUGUUAUUACAAGUGGACCAGUACCGCCCGGUGGACCGUGGCAAAAUUACAAAAGCCCUAAAGGUUUGCAUGGCCAUGGACAUGGGAACGCACCUUAUAAGGCUCGUAAACCGGCCCCGAAACCGCUGCUGAUACACUACUGUGAUGUAUGCAAAAUUAGCUGUGCUGGACCGCAAACGUAUCGCGAACAUCUUGAAGGCCAGAAGCAUAAGAAGCGUGAGUUGUUGCUGAAGCAGGCGGCCGAACCAGGCGGUACCGCAUCUGCCCGGCCACCGAAUAGUUUACAUUGCGAACUGUGCGGUGUAACGUGCACCGGGAAUGAUGCGUAUGCUGCACACGUACGUGGUGCCAAGCAUCAGAAGGUAGUAAAUCUGCACACCAGGCUUGGUAAGCCCAUCCCCGCCUGUGAUCCGACACCAAACGCGGACGGUGAAAAGAAGGAGGGUGGUAGCGGCGAUACAUCAGAUACGGGUGGGGCUAGUGGAGGAGGUAAUGCGGCUGUUAGUAAUAGCGGCUUGGAAUCGUCGGAAGAAUCCGUCCGACCGGUGGGUAGCGAAUUUAUCGAAGAAAUCAAGGAUGACGACGGAAAGUUGGUUAGUUUUAGCUGUAAGCUAUGCGAAUGCAAGUUCAACGACCCAAACGCGAAGGAAAUGCAUAUGAAAGGACGGCGCCACCGGUUGCAGUACAAGAAAAAGGUGCAGCCGGACCUGGUGGUGGAUAUAAAGCCGACCGUGAAGCAAAAGAAAAUUGCAGAAGCUCGUGCCCAUCGACAGGCGAUGCAGGAGGAGUUCUGGAAUCGCCGUCGUAUGGCGGAUGCGGAAAUGGAAGAAGAUCACGGUAUGCGGACAUUUGGGCGGCAUCCGUUCUUUGGCAUGUUGCCCGGACGGCGCCCGGAAUCGUCGGACGAUCGACAUGUUGUUGCGCGUCACGCUGAGAUUUAUCCGAAGGAAGAGGAACUACAAACCAUUCAGCGUAUAGUUUCGCACACAGAGCGUGCCCUGAAGCUCGUUUCGGAUGUGAUGACCUCCGGUGGUGGUGGAGCUGGUGCUACUGUUCAGCCGGUAGCGUCGACUUCAGCACCUGCAGGUACACCUAGCGAUUCGCAAAAUGAACAAACCAACGAACAACCCAAGGAACAGGAGAUUCAAUCGCAGCAACCUUCGACGUCCGCUGGUAAUGGUGGAAAGCCGAACCAAGCUAAUCAAAUGAUUUCCUUCCAUAAAGAAACCGAGGGAACUACGAUCCGUCUGCUGAAAGGUGUGAUGCGGGUGGGCUUGCUUGCUAAAGGUUUGUUGCUACACGGUGACAACUGCGUACAGCUGGUAGUACUGUGUGCCGAGAAACCAACAACAUCGUUAUUGAAACGGGUUGCAACGGAGCUGCCUAUACAGCUGAAGAAAAUUGCUGAUGAUCAUCGCUAUACGGUAACGAUGGCACCCGUAGAAGGGGCCGUGCUCGUUACCGAUGGUACGAUUACAGUUAAAAUAUCUCUCACAUCUCCGUUACUGCGUGAAGCUAAUGCACCUUCAGCGGAGCAGGCUGCUCAGAAUACCGAAGAUCUGCUGCCACGCGAGCCCUGUCUGCAGGCGCUAGCUGCACUGCGUCAUGCAAAAUGGUUCCAGGCUAGAGCAACGGGAUUGCAAUCUUGUGUGAUGAUUAUGCGCAUUAUGCGCGACCUGUGCCAACGGAUACCCGUCUGGAGUAACAUAAGUCAAUGGGCAAUGGAGUUGCUGCUUGAAAAGAUCAUCUCCUCCGCAGGCGAAAUUCUAACGCCGGGCGAAUGUUUACGGCGCGUUAUGGAAGCGAUGUCUUCCUCUAUCCUUCUCAACGGUCCAGGUUUGCUGGAUCCGUGUGAAAAAGAACCGGAAGACACGCUGGCCGGUCUGAGCAAGCAGCAACGCGAGGAUAUCACCAAUUCGGCUCAGACAUUCAUGCGAUGGAUUGCCUUCCGGCAGAUUUACAAAGUGCUUGGUAUCUUACCGCUGCCACCACCAAAGUUUGCCGGCAGCCGCAACUGGCGUUUCAAUCGUAAACGCCGACGCUCCGGCACAGAAGGCAACGACAGUGAAGCUGAUGGUAGCAAAAUGGUAAAAAAAGAAGAAUCGGUAGCUUCUGUUCCGAAUACAACUGCUUCAACUAAUGCCGCUCCGAUGAAAAUGGAACCAUCCAAGUAAGAAAGCGUAGAGAGGAAAGUGUAAUUGUAACUAUUUUACUAAAUACCCUCAAGAGGAUGUGGCAGAAAUUCCGUAGAGUGUAACACUUAACGUAUGUUCAAGAAAUCUGUCCGUCGGGAUUGUGUCGAGCUCCAAUUAUGGGUAGGUUGUUGGUAGUAUAGUAUUGCUCCAUAUUGUAUUUAUCCAACAACAUGGUACUCUUACGCAUUACGCAUGUUUUACAUUUAUCUUUCACUACUGUGACUUCAUACUAUCGUUUACCAUUUAAUAUUGACACAUCAAUAACAUUUUCCACAAGGAAAGAACUAUUGGUCACUAGACUUCAUCCAGUUUGCUUAAGACCAUACUGGUUUGUUCCGUUUUUUAACAACAUCAAAUUUACUUACGUUUUUCUAAUACAAAUGUAAGUUUAUAAUGAAAAUUAUCUUACAUCAAUAAUACACAAUAAUUAAAUGAAAACAGGGUUUUCUAAAGACAAAAAGGGGAAAAAUCUGUGAUGGUCUUAAGCAAGCUGUGUAUGCAAACGCCUUCUCGAUGAACGGGCUAGACGUGUUCAAGAUUCUUCGAACGUACGUCAUUAAACACUACUACGAGGUUCAUGUUGGAAAGACAAAUCCAGCUCAAAUGCACGCACCUAUAAGAGCAACGUAAAAGUAUUCGAAAACAAAAUCAUGAAAUCCAUGUUAACUAACUUACCACAAAAUAUUGGUCAUGCAGGAAAGUGGCAGUAAUUCGAACGUAGAAAAGAUGUUCAGCAGAAAGAAAAACAAUUACUCAGGCUCAGUAACGUGGUGAUGCAAAGAAGGGUAGGACGAAAAAUGUAUGGCGAACAUGAUUAGAAAUAUUAACGAAUUAUCCCGUUUUCAACGUGUUGUUAGUCAGUAGGUUUAAAAGUGUUUUUUCCAUCCAAUUCAUCAUGUUACAAAAGAGGAAAAAAGGAAAAGAUGUAGAAUCAGGAAAUGAAGGUUUUUUUUUUGGUUAGGAAUAGCCGUUUCAUUUCAAAUUGCCCCUUUGUGUUAAACAUAUUCACACAUUCAACACACCACUUUAAAAGUUCAUUCAGAUAAUAUGCAAUCGCUGGUAUGGAAUCUCGACAAACGAUUAUUUUACUUGCUAAAAGAUCGACAUUGGGUGGAAACAUAAAUGCAAUAGUUAAUUAUAAAAAAAACAAGCUAAACGAAAAUUAUAUUCUAAAUAUAAAAACGUCUCUGAUGAAUGGAUUAAUCGAAAAUUCAGUAUAAUUCUUUUGUUUUUAUUGACCAAAAGUUUUAGGCCCGGGCAAAAACGCUUCUUUGAGGCGAUGAUUCAAAAUUGGGAUUGACGGAUAUGUUGAGCUAGAAGAACUGCGUCUGUGUAAUUUCUGUAAGAUUGCCCUUCAUCUACACUAGCGUUUAUCUGCAAAUGUUUAUUGUUAAGAAAUUACAUAACUUUAGUUGGAAAGUGGACUCAGCUGAAAGUGAUUCAGCUGGACGGUAGAGUUAGGACAGAUGGUUCGAAAAGUAGCGUAUAAAAUUGGUAUUUAUUUAUUGAUUAUUCAUUAUUCCCAUCCUGUGUCAUUGUUUUUAUCUUUCCACUAAUGACAAAGCGUUGUAAGUUUACUCAAUUUUGCAUGCCUGCAUAUUAGUUCCUCAUCCGUCAUAUUUAGACAUUUUAGACAACUACUUGAACAUAUAUUCCUCGUCGGAAGCAUUAGUAAUAUAGCACCGGUUGUUUUACCAGACCGGAUGUACUAGGAUAGGAUGGGUAGUGAGUAAAAACAGUAAAUAAUCAAUUUGAAAUAGCAUUGCGAAGGAACAUUACUUCCCCCUAACACCACUGUUGCACGAGACUAGCGGUGAAUGGCGAGUAGAGAAGAUAAUACGAAAUGUUGGUGGCAUUUCGGAGCCCUAUUAGAUAGGAUGAUGAGAGUUUAUAAUGUGUGCUAGUGUUGCUAAGGAACUUGCCCAGCGAAAGAUUAACUGGAGGCAGCAAACUUAACAUCCAAUAUCGUACACCCUUCACAUUUAAGUAGACUGUGUCUGUCAGCAGAACUUAGGCUAUGUAUGGAUCUAGGAUCUAAACAGAAAUGAAUUUUAUCGAUUAAUGCAUAAGGUAGCAACUUGAUACAAACCAACUAACCAUCAAUGAGCAAAAACACAAACAAACAAAGACAUACAGAAAUGAAGCUAGAACAAACACAGAACAUUGAUUGAUAGCCAUCAAGUCGAAAUUUGAUUUUUGAAAUAAAAUAAAAUGCAUCGAUGAAUUUAUCUAGUGAA